AUGCCAUUCUUUAAGAAGAAGAAAUCAGCAGCUGAUGAAGCUGCUGGUGGUGGUGGUGAUUCUUCAAUGUUUGAUAUAACACUUGAUCAAUUGAAAGAACUUAUGGAAGUACGUGGAAAAGAUCUUAAGGAAAAACUUAAAUCAUCAGAAUAUAAUGGUGUUAAAGGCAUCUUAGAAAAAUUAAAAGUCGACGGAAAAAAAGGACUUGACUCAAACAAUGAAGAAGAUUUUAAACAACGUGUUGGAGCUUAUGGACGAAAUGAAAUUCCACCGAAACCAAUGAAAACAUUUAUAAGAUUAUGUUACGAGGCACUUCAUGAUAUGUUAUUAAUUAUUUUAUUAGUAUGUGCUAUUGUGUCAAUUGGACUUUCAUUUUAUAAAGCACCUUCAAAUGGAGCUGAAGAUGAUGAACCUAAUCUUGAAUGGAUUGAAGGUGUAGCUAUUCUUGUUGCUGUUCUUGUUGUUGUAUUUGUAACGGCAUUUAAUGAUUGGCGAAAAGAACGUCAAUUUCGUGGUUUACAAAAUAAAAUUGAAAAAGAUCAACAAACAUCUGUUAUACGAGAUGGUCAUAUACAAGAAAUUCCUGUAGCUGAACUUGUUGUCGGUGAUCUUUGUUUUAUUAAAUAUGGUGAUCUUCUACCAGCUGAUGGUUUGGUUGUUCAAGCAAGUGAUCUUAAAAUCGACGAAUCUUCUAUAACAGGAGAAACAGAUUUAGUAAAAAAAGGUUCAAAAGAUGAUGUAGGAUUAUUAUCAGGUACAAAUGUUAUGGAAGGUAGUGGUCGAAUGGUUGUUGUUGGUGUUGGUCUUAAUUCUCAAGUUGGAAAUAUCAUGAGUUUACUUGGUGCAACUGGAGGUGAUUCAAAAAAGAAGAAGAAAGGGAAAGGAAAAGACAAAGACAAAGGCAAAGGCAAAGACAAAGACAAAAAGAAAGAUGAAAAAGAUGAAAAAUCAAAAACUAAAAAACCGAAACCAUUAUCAUCAACAAAAGUUUCACCUGAUAAAUCCACAUCCGAUGAAAAAGAAAGUAAACGUCAAACAACAACUGUAGAAACAAUAGAUGAAACAAAACCAUCAACACCUAAACAUCCACGUGUUCGUAAAUUACCAGAAUUUAAACAGUUAAGUACUGAUGAACAAGAAAUGAAACCAAUUAAAAAGGAAAAGAAUACUAAACAAACAAAAGAACCUGGUACAAGUGAAAGUAGUGAUGAUGAACAAGAAAAGAAACCGAAGAAAGUAUCUAGUUCAAGUGAAAGCAGUGAUAAUGAUGAAGAUCAAAAGAAGAAAUUAACAAAAACAAAAGUUAAGAAAGAUGAAGAAACAAAAAAAUCUAGUUCAAGUGAAAGUAGUGAUAGUGAAGAAAAGAAGAAAUCCAGUUCAAGUGAAAGUAAUGAUGAUGAACAAGAAAAGAAAAAAUCCAGUUCAGACGAAAUUAAUAAAGAUAAAUCAAAAAAAUCUACUGAUGCAACUGUUGAAAAACCAAAGAAAUCUAGUUCAAAUGAAAAACGUGAUGAAGAACAAAAGAAGAAACCAACAAAAACUCAAAGUAAUAAUGAACAAGAAAAGAAGAAAUCCAGUACAAGUGAAAUUAAUAAAGACAAAACGAAGAAAUCGAAUUCAAAUGAAAGUAUUACUGAUGAACAAAAGAAGAAACCAAUAAAAGAUGAGAAACGUGAUACACAAGAAAAGAAACAAUCUAGUUCAGAUGAAAUUAACAAAACGAAAUCGAAAAAAACUGAAAAUGCAAAUGAUGAACAACAGAAGACAUCGAGUACAAAUGAAAGUAGUAGUGGUGAAGAACAAAAGAAGAAAUCAACAAAAACUGAAACUACUAUUAAACAAGACAAGAAAAAAUCUAGUUCAAAUGAAAGUAUUAAAGAUAAACCGGAGGAAAAAUCCAGCUCAAGUGAAAGCAGUAGUGAUGAAGAUGAAGAAAAGAAAUCAGGUAAAAAGGAAAAUAAUGAUACAAAACAAAAGAAGAAAACAACAAAAACUGAAACUGUUGUCAAACAAGAUAAGAAGAAAUCCAGUUCAGGUGAAAGCAGUAGUGAUGAAGAAGAAGAAGCAAAGAACUCCGAUAAUGACAAGAAAUUAAAGAAAAAAUCAACAAAAACUGAAACUAUUGUUAAACAAGACAAGAAAAAAUCUAGUUCGAAUGAUAUUUCUAAAGAUAAACAAGAGAAAAAAUCCAGUUCAAGUGAAAGCAGCAGUGAUGAAGAAGAAGAAAAAAAGAAAAAAUUAACCAAAAGCAAAAGUACUGAUAGUAAAUUAGACAAGAAAUCAAAUAAAAAUGAAAGUAGUGGUGAUGAAAAACAAGACAAGAAAUCGAAAAAGAAAAAACAAGAAGAAAGUGAUGCUGAUGAUGAUGAACGACCAUCAACAACUUCAUCUAUUCAAACAAAAAUUGCUAAGGAUGAUAAAAAGAAAUCUGGAAAAGGAAAAGAUGAUAAUGAAGAUUCAGAACAGAAACCACCUGGAUUAGCUGCAUUAGCUGAAGACGCUGAUGACGAUGAUGAAGGCGGUUCAAAUGAUGAAAAACAUAAAUCUGUUCUUCAAGAAAAAUUAACAAAAUUAGCUCUUUAUAUCGGUUAUAUUGGUAUGGCUGCUGCUGUUCUAACAUUAAUUUGUUUAAUUAUUCGUUUCUGUAUUUCAAAUUAUGUUGUGAAAGGCAACAAAGGAUCAGGAUCUGAUGUUUCUUAUUUUAUUUCUUUUCUUAUUCAAGCUAUCACUGUCGUUGUUGUUUCAGUACCUGAAGGUCUUCCUUUGGCUGUUACACUCGCUCUUGCCUAUGCAGUUCGAAAAAUGAUGACAGAUAACAAUCUUGUUCGACAUUUAGAUGCUUGUGAAACAAUGGGUAAUGCAUCAACAAUAUGUUCCGAUAAAACAGGAACAUUAACAACAAAUCGAAUGACAGUUGUACAAUGUUAUUUUAACGGAAAACAUUAUGAUAAAUUACCAAAAAAAGAUGAAAUUGAUAAAGAGAUAUUAGCAACUCUCUUCGAAGGAAUUACUGUUAAUUCAAAUUAUACAUCAAAAAUCGAGAAAGCAAAAGAUGAUGAAGGUUUACCAAAACAAGUUGGUAAUAAAACUGAAUGUGCAUUACUUGAUUUAAUACAAAAAUGGGAUGGUUCAUAUGAUGAAAUUCGUAAGGAAAUUCCAGAAGAAAAAUUAGCGAAAGUAUAUACAUUCAAUUCUGCACGAAAAAUGAUGUCAACCGUUAUUGAACGUGAGGGAGGUUAUCGACUUUAUACGAAAGGUGCAUCAGAAAUGGUUUUAGCAAAAUGUAAAUCAAUUAUUGAUAAGGGUGAUAAACCCAAAGAAUUAAAUGAUCAUGAGAAAAAGAAAAUAACAAAACAUGUUAUAGAAAAAAUGGCUAAUGAUGGUUUACGAACAAUUUGUAUUUGUUAUAAAGAUCUUGGUGAAGAUAAACAAAAUUGGGAUGAUGAAGAUAAAAUAAUUAAAGAUUUAAUAUGUAUUGGUAUUGUUGGAAUUGAAGAUCCUGUUCGUGAUGAAGUACCAGAAGCUAUUGAAAAAUGUCAAAAAGCUGGUGUUGUUGUUCGAAUGGUAACAGGUGAUAAUAUAACAACAGCUCGUUCGAUUGCAACUAAAUGUGGUAUAAUCAAACCGGAUGAUGAUUUUCUUGUACUUGAAGGAAAAGAAUUUAAUAAACGUAUUCGUGAUUCGAAUGGAAAGAUUUCACAAAAGAAACUUGAUGAAAUUUGGCCAAAAUUACGUGUUUUAGCACGUUCAUCACCAACAGAUAAAUAUAAUUUAGUAAAUGGUAUUGUUGAAAGUAAAGUAACAGCACACCGAGAAGUUGUUGCUGUUACUGGUGAUGGUACAAAUGAUGGACCUGCACUUAAACGUGCUGAUGUUGGAUUUGCUAUGGGUAUUCAAGGAACAGAUGUUGCUAAACAAGCAUCAGAUAUUAUUUUAACUGAUGAUAAUUUUUCAUCGAUUGUUAAAGCAAUGAUGUGGGGAAGAAAUGUUUAUGAUUGUAUUGCAAAAUUUCUUCAAUUUCAACUUACUGCUAAUUUAUCAGCUGGUGUUUUAUCAGUUAUUUCUGCUGCAGCUAUAAGUAGUGUUCCAUUACGAGCUGUUCAAAUGCUUUGGGUUAAUCUUGUUAUGGAUACAUUAGCAUCACUUGCACUUGCCACUGAACCACCAACAGAAGAUUUAUUAAAUCGAAAACCUUAUGGUCGUACGAAAUCAAUUAUAUCACCAAUGAUGAUGCGUAAUAUUCUUGGGCAAUCGAUUUAUCAACUUAUUAUUAUGUUUGUUAUACUUUAUGCUGGACAAUACUUUUUAGAUGUUGAAUCUACUGUUAAUAAAAUUCAAUCAAGCCCACAAUCUGGAAGAGAAUUAAGUCAACAAUUUACUUUGGUAUUUAAUGCAUUUGUGCUAAUGACUUUAUUUAAUGAAAUUAAUUCAAGAAAAUUACAUGGUGAAAGAAAUGUAUUUAAAGGAAUAUUUAGCAAUCCAUUUUUUUAUUGUAUUUGGACAUUUUGUUUUGUUGCACAAAUUUUAAUUGUUACUUUUGGUGAUAAAGUUUUUAGUUGUGCACGAUUAAGUAUUAUACAUUGGGCAUGGAGUUUACUUUUUGGUCUUGGAUCACUUGCAUGGCAACAGGUUCUUCUAUUUAUUCCAAUUGAACCAUUUAGUAAAUGUUUUUCAGCUGUGUAUCGUGUUUGUUGUCCUUGUUUAUAUAAAAAACAAUUUAAAGAACAAGAUGAAGACAAAGGUGAAGACAAAGGCGAACGACCAAAGUCUGCUGAUCAAAAGAAACCAUCGAAAAAAAGUGAUUCCGAUGAAGAAAGUGAUACUGAGCAUAAUCCACCAGCACCUGGAAAAUAUGCUACAAUUGGUCAUUUAACAAAUGCAACAGUUGUUAUGAAACCACCACCAAUAUUUGCAAGAUAUAUGCUUCGAAAAAGUGUCGAUCGACUUAAUACUGAGUUUCAAGUUAUUAAUGCAUUUCGAUCAAGACUGGAAGCAGUUAAAAAUAAACGAAAUGAAGAAACUGUUGAACAGAAACGUAGUAGACAAUCAAUUCUUGUCAGUCAUAUUAAUAACAACACCAAAUGGAAACAACAUGGAAUUACUAUAGCUGGAGGAAAUGGACAAGGCGAUCAAUUAAAUCAACUUUACCGUCCAUCUGGUAUCUAUGUUGAUGAUGAUCAUCAAACUAUUUAUAUUGCUGAUUGUUGGAAUCAUCGUAUUGUUGAAUGGAAAUAUGGAGCAAAGAAUGGUCAAGUUGUUGCAGGUGGAAAUAGAAAAGGAAAUCGAAGUGAUCAAUUGAAUGGUCCAACAGAUUUGAUUGUUGAUAAAAAGAAUGAUUCUCUCAUCAUUUGUGAUUAUAGAAACAGACGAGUGGUACGAUGGUCUCGUCAAAAUGGUAGAAAUGGAGAAACAAUCAUUUCUGACAUUGAUUGCCGAGGUCUAUCAAUGGAUAAAAAUGGAAAUCUUUAUAUCUCUGAUUGUAAGAGAAAUGAAGUGAGACGUUGGAAACAAGGUGAUGAAAAAGGUGAAUUAGUUGCCGGUGGAAAUGGUCAAGGAUAUUAUCUUAAUCAACUCAAUAAACCUACUUAUAUCUUUAUUGAUGAAGAUUAUUCUCUUUAUAUAUCAGAUGAACAGAAUCAUCGUGUAAUGAAAUGGGAAAAAGAUGCAAGAAAAGGAAUUAUUGUGGCUGGUGGAAAUGGUCAAGGAAAUAGUCUCAAACAAUUGCGGUAUCCUCGAGGAGUGAUUGUUGAUGAUUUGGGUCAAAUCUAUGUGGCAGAUUGUCUUAAUAAUCGAAUAAUGCGUUGGUGUGAAGGAGAUAAAGAAGGUGAAAUUGUUGCUGGUGGAAAUGGUCAAGGAAAGCAACCAGAUCAGUUGAGUUAUCCCAGAGGUUUAUCAUUCGAUGUAGAAGGUAAUCUCUAUGUUGUCGAUUGUUUAAAUAAUCGAGUACAAAAAUUUGAUGUUGAUUCAAAAUCCACUUUAUACGAAGAUCGUGGUAAACUCACAUUACAUAUGAGUGAUUAUGAUAUGAAUAUACAAGGGAUUAAAAAAUCAUUCUUAUUCAAAGAACAAAAUCAAUUAACUACCAAUUUCAAUAUUGGUGAAGCAAACAAGUCGACUGAUUCUUGGGCUAAUGUUCAAUUUGUUCUUGUCAAUUUAUCGAUGCAUCUCAGUAAAUUAGCAUUCGCCAUGCUGGAUGUUCUUCGUUCGUUAGCAAAUAACUCUAUACUCAUGUUCGUCAAUUCAGAUGUUGAUUUUGAUACAUUAUCGAACAAGACAAUUCUACUUUUUACCACGAACCAGUUUGUUUCUUCAAUGGCAACAAAACCUAAACAGCUUAAAAAAACAUUUAUACUAGAAGAGAAAAAAAGUAACGCAGACCAAUACGAACGAUUUACCGAUAGUGAAGAUCUUAUGUUUCAAUUGGCAGAUGAAAUAUGUCGUUACUACAAAUGGAAAGCGGAUGAUUAUCCAAGAUCAGAUUAUUCCUUAUUGAUCGAUGAAAAAGUAAAACUAGCAAAUCAAAUUCAUAGCGAGCUGAAAAAAGUCUAUGAAAAGUUCUCUACAAAUGAUACUGACAAUAAGCCACCAAUUUGUGCAACAACAUCACUCGUUUGGUUAACAUCAAGCUCUUACAAUGAUAAUGACAAUGACAUUUCAAAAAUUCAGAAUCUAUUUGCAGAUGUUAUUUCAUCUUUUUCAACUUGUGAAAAUGAGCAGGAAUGCUAUCAUGGUGUACAAUCACCUGAAUGUAAUUAUACGAUAUUUCUUAUUAUUGAUAGUAGUUACGGAAGUUCAGUUUUAACUGAGUUUGAAAAACUUCCCAAUAUCAAGCAAGUGUAUUGUUAUGAUCAAUCAGGUUCCACAAAAAAUGGGAUCAAAAACAGUUUCAGUAAACUUCGUUCUCGAUUAACACAUGAUCUAAUUGCUCAUUACAAUAAAUUGGGUAACGACUAUAAUGACAAAAGGCAUCCAAAAGAUGCAAAAGAAAUGUUUCUAAAAAUGCAAACAAUAGCCGAUAUCGUUUUCGAUAAUAUCUCAUAUUCUCAAGCUGAUCAUUGGAUGCUUAUACUUUACCAAAUGAAUGGACCAUCUAUAGCCAUUGCCUUACAUAACGCACAUGUAAUGGCAUUCAUUCAGCCUUACAAUAAUAUACCCGAUUGUCAACAUCAUAUAAAUAUACAUAAUGCUAAAAGAUUUACGCUAUUCUCUUACAGCGGCAAUAUAAUAACAUGGCUUUGGAAUAAUAAUGUUAUACCCGACCAUUUAGAUCAUAUUAUUAUCUUUUGUCCAUCUUUUGAUGAUAAAGAAUAUAUACAAGCAUGGACACAACGCUAUACACAAAAAAUUAAGAAGAUUAUUACCCAUGAUGUACUCGAGCGUGAAUUAUUAAUAGUUGGACUGGGAUAUAUCGAAAAACUACGUUCAGACUUGGAAGAGCGUGAAGAGUGUGAAAGUAUAUUGAACUUAUUGAAAGAAGACCAUAGCAGAAUAUGCGAAGCUUUACUGGGUUGUAUGACAAAUCAAAUUAGCCAACAAGAUGAAUAUAUUCGGUUAAGUGAAGAAGCUUCUUAA